CAAAUGUGCACGUGGCGGUAUACAUCGAGUUUGCUAUUCAAGUCGGCUUAUCGCUAUUGUGUCCUCUUCUAUCAUUCUCCUCCACACCUCCCCUAUUCUCGCACUCUUCCUCUCCCCUCGCCUUCCUCCUUCCUCGCACACCCCUUUUCUAUCCUUUUGUCGCUCUCUUCUCGCUUCGUCUAGUCUCAAGCUCGCGUAUUAGCGGGUUCUCUCUUGACUCUCGUCGCAACUUUCGACCUCUCGCCUCGCGAGAACAUUGGUCGUCUCUUUAGUUUACGUUCGACGACGCGAUCGGCCGGUCUGUCGGUCUCUUGCAAAGGUCCACAGAUAUCUCUUACAUCGGCGGAGUUAAUCGGCGGGAAUCAUCGUCGAUAACGAUGACGAUCGACGGGGAGGCCGGAGGGCCGGAGGACGCCUGUAACGGUUUCGUUCCGGGCAAUAACGUCGCGCCGAUGAUUUACGCGAUCGAUCGCGCCGAGCCGAACGGCUCCGAGGAGUCGACUGUCGCGGCGGCGAGCUAUGUCGAUCGGACUGCCGACGACGACAUUUCCGGUUUGAGCGAGACCGAGGUCAACCCCCUGUUGUUGGCCGGUACCAACGGACAGAGCGCGACAGUGACGAUCGAUGCGUCGAUCGGCAAACCGAGAAGAACGGGCAAGGUAGUAGCGGCGCAGACAGUGCGGACGAUGGACAACAACAAGAGCCGAUGGCCGAACAGAUCCGAGGUGGGUGGCCCUGCGAGCGAUGGGACAGCGGCCGCGGGGCCGCCGGACGGUGGUCUCAGAGCCUGGAUGAUCAUGAUCGGCAGCUUCGCGAUCAAUGGCGUGCUCUUUAGCAUCAUCAACACUUACUCCCUCAUUUACAUGGAGCUGCAGAGGCGACUGACGGAAGCCGGCGAAAGCGAGGUGUCUUCCAAAGCAGCUUUGGUGGGUUCCUUGACUAUCGGAACUACGUUUUUCCUGUCGCCAGUCGCCGGUAUACUUACGGAUAAAUUCGGCAUUCAGAUGACUACUUUUGCGGGAGGUGCGAUCGCGUCCGGUGGACUGCUUCUUUCCUCCUUGCUUACAGAUAAGGUGGAAUUGCUCUAUUUAACAUAUGGCGUUAUGUACGGUCUCGGUGCAAGUCUCGCUUACACUCCAAGCCUGGUGAUCUUGGGUCACUACUUUAAAAAAUAUAUAGGAUUAGUGAACGGCAUCGUUACGGCUGGCAGUUCCAUAUUUACGACGCUCAUUCCAUACUUGAUAGAGUUCCUGUUGCGACGUUUUGGCUUGGAGGGAACGCUAAGGAGCUUGGCCGUGCUCACAGCCCUCAUUAUGGCUUGCGCGAUACUUUUUAAGCCGAUACCAGUAAAUGUGCCGCAAGAAGACGAAAAAGGGCCGAAAUCCAAGGCAAAGUUACGAAAUUGCAUGAAAGAAAUUGUGAACGUGUCCAUUUGGAAGCGGAAACGAUACGUCCUAUGGGCAUGUUCGAUUCCUCUUGCUCUCUUUGGAUACUUUGUACCGUACGUUCACAUAGGAAAGUUUGUGAUUAUGACAUUCAAAGAUGCCGAUGGGAAGCUGCCGGUCAUGUGCAUCGGUAUCACUUCCGGCAUCGGCCGUUUGGUUUUCGGCUACAUUGCUGACUUGCCGAAAGUGAACAGAAUAUUGUUACAGCAGAUAUCGUUUAUAAGUAUCGGCAUUCUUACGAUGCUUCUCCCGGUCACCAAGUCCUUCGUCGUACUCCUGAUCAUCUCCCUCGGCAUGGGAUUAUUCGACGGAUGUUUUAUAUCGUUACUCGGUCCUAUCGCGUUUGAUAUUUGCGGUCGCAGCGGCGCAACUCAGGCCAUCGGUUUCCUCCUGGGGAUGUGUUCUAUACCCUUGACAGUGGGUCCGCCGAUUGCUGGGCUUCUGUACGAUCACACCGGUUCAUACGAUCUGCCUUUCCUGUUAGCCGGCGUCCCACCGAUAGUUGGGGCGUUGACAAUGUUUCUGAUAAGAUGUGUCAAAGAGAAUGACGAUAAAACGACGAAUGAUCCUUGCCCGGAGAAUCCUUCGAGUAAAGUGGAUUGCCAGAAUGAGAAAGUAAGAGAUGUUUCGUCGGCGUUUAUAGUUAGUGUCAAGCAAGAAGAUGUAUCAGAAGCGUUAAAGAAAUACAGGACUAUCUGCAAGGACUCGCAAUUGCUUUGGCGCAGCGAAAAUAUCAAGCAGGUCGGCCUGGAAUAUCGCGAGAGCUAUGACAAAUGCAACGUUCACCGCAGGUAUUCGGAGAGUGUACCUUUGCUUCAUCAAGAAAGAAUAUCCAGGCGAUAUCCAAACACGAGUCUCUUCAAACGCGAACAACGCGACAAGAUUGUUCGAUAUACAGCAAGAAAUAUGCCGGUUAUUUCAAACUAUCAGAAAGCAUGCCGUCACCUCACAUAGGGACAAGCGUCACGACCGCGCCCGAAUCUAGCUUCGGACGAGUAAACGAGAUCAUCGAUGCUUCUCAUAUUUUGACACAGACGAAAGAAAUUCAGUCGCGCCACGUGGCACGGCUUUUAAGAUAACAUUGCAAUUUUGAUCAUGUCACGUCCGUUCUUUCUGUUGAUUUGUUAAACGGAAAUUAUGGAGAAAUUAUGGAGAAAUUUUUUUUUCUUUAAUUUUAAUCUAAUGAAUAUUCACUUGUGCAAGAAAGAAACAGCGCGAUUCACAUGCAAGCGUGAUUUUGUAUUUAUUCAUAAACAAACGCGUAUUGGUUCCGUACAUGCCGCUCUUGCGUGGUUUGCAAUAAUUUAUAUAAUUAUCGACAUAAUUAUAUAAUGUAAUUCUAUAAUAUUCUCCAUGAGAAAAUGUAGCAUGCAUCAAAUGGAUCAACAUAUAAAAAUAACGUGAAGUGAAAACAAAAAAAAGUGCGAGUGUGAAUGAAUGAAAAAUGUAUGUUUAUGUGUGUGUGUGUGUGCGUGUGCGUG